AGCUAAUAAGUUUUUGUAAUUCAAAAUGAAUUCAUUACUGCGGAGUGUGACAUCUCUUACUGGGCGAGAGGACUUGGUGAAAGAAUCCCUGAUAUCUCAGUUGUCUUCAAGUGUAAAGGAGAUCCAACUAGAAAUGUCCAAAACCCAUGUUAGUGCUGAUACUACUGCAUCCUUGUGCACAGUUCUUGAAGCUAUCUUCAUACAUGCACUGAAAGACACUUUUAUGAAUAGAGUUUCACAGGCAAUAAGUGCAGACCCUGAUCAACGACCAGAACCCAGCUGUUGGGGACCACUUCUUAUAUUUUCACACCGUGAAAUUAUAGAUCAGAUGGAAAGAAGGCCAAGAAACACAUUUAUUGUAGGAAACAAAAGACUUGCUGAAACUAAUAACUUUAAAAUGUGUCACUACCAGGAAUUUUAUGAAAACUUGACACCCCAGCAAAUUGUUUGGAUCAAUGCUUUGAAUUUGGUUACUACAGACGUAGGCCGUUGCAGAGCAUGGUUACGGCUGGCUCUGAAUGAUGGCUUGCUCUCUAGCUACUUUGUGUCAAUGCGCCGUGAUGGCAGUGCAUUGAAGCCAUACUAUCGGCGCUCAGCUUUUUUACGUGAUACAGAAAUGUUAGAUGUAGCACAACGACUCGUGGAAGGCAUAGAGUCUUGCCCAUUUUCUUUGGCAUGCAAUUCUAGUCUACUCAAUGUCUGGACCAAUCAACCACUUCUCCUUGCUGGACUUUGGACACCACCGCUGCGUUCUUGUCCUGUGACAUCUGGUGUAGAUGUUGCUAGUACAUUAGACAGUGGUGAUGCCGAUGACUCAAUAAGCUCUGCACUGUCAUUGUCAUCACACUCAUAUGAAGGUUCUGGGUUAGGAACAAUGUUAGCCCUAAGUGAGGAUGAAGCACUAAAAAUUAUCUUAGGCACACCUGUUGAUGAUGCCCCUAUAGCUAACCCUGCAGUUCUCUUAAGGAAUACAGAAGUAACUCAGGGAGGUAUAGGAAGUUCAGGCCUAGGUUUAAGUGGGGACGUAAGUACAGUAGAAAUUAGUCAUAGCCAAAUAACAGAUAUUCCAGUAAGAAGUGAUGACACAUCUUGGACUGAUGAUGGUCCGUCUAGUGUCGGUAACUCCCUUGUUGGAAGAGCAGGCUGGUCAUCUUCGUUUGAAGAGGUUCCAGAUCAAGAGAAUGGAGGUGAGAUCCACUCUGAAGAUGUGGAUUCAGUUCUGCCAAUCUCUCAGAAAUCUGUCGCAUCAGCAAGAAGUAAGACAUUACUUCGAAGUCCUAGUGAGGUACAAAGUUACCAUUCUCUUUUGGAGAGCUACAAUCUUCUGUCUGGAUCAUACAUCAAAACUCCUGAUCUUAGAGACUUCUUGCAGCGGUUUGAUGGCUCAGAAUCUGCUGCAGAUACUACACCUGGGGCUGAAGCAGACGAUCCAUUCUCCUCAUUGUAUGGACUGGGGUUUGAAGUGGUUCCCACCUCCCCCACAUCUCUGUUUGACAUUCCUGAAUUUGGAAGUUUGGUUCAACAGCUGGGAAAACUGGCGACAGAACCAGGCCUUGACAACCAGAAUUAUGCGUGCAAGGGAUGUGGUCAUCCUGUAGGAAUGAAUUUUGGCAAAGCCAGAGUUUGCUCAUUUAGUGGAGGAUACUUUUGCACUGAAUGCCAUGUUGGACAAGAGUGGGUUAUUCCAGCUCGUGCGAUUCACAACUGGGAUUUUCGUCACUACCCUGUUGCUCGUCGUUCAGCUGCUUUUCUUGAAGAAAUACAACAUCAUCCCCUACUGGACCUCAAGAAUUUAAAUCCACGAUUGUAUCUGGCCAUAGAAGAUAUGACUCAGCUACAGACACUACGUAUACAACUGAACCUGCUUCGUGCAUACUUAUUCACAUGCCGUGAACCAGUCAUUGAAGAACUGCAGAAACGUGUGUGGCCACGAGAGUACCUGUAUGAACAUGUGCAUUUGUAUUCUGUUGCAGAUUUACUUCAGAUCCCAUCGGGCACACUAGCACAUGUUCUUCAAAAAGUAGUUUCAUUUGCAAAAAUACAUGUCUUAUCAUGCUGGCUUUGCUGUCAGAAGGGUUUUAUAUGUGAAGUUUGCAACAACCCCAAAGUUAUUUACCCCUUUGACAUGGAGUCCACAUACAGAUGUGGUGUCUGUAGUGCUGUGUAUCAUGUGGGAUGCUUAGAUGCUACAAAACCUUGUCCAAAAUGUGAGCGGCGACAGAAACGUGAGGACCUCCCUCUACUGGAAGGAGAUUCAUGACCACGUUUGGAAGUCAUGAAUCUAUUUUCAUUAUAAUAAGUAAUUUAAUACAGUUUCUUUCAAACUUGUUUUUUCCACUUAUAUACUGCGACUGUAUAUUAACACUUGCAAUGCUAGAGCCGUAGGUACUUUCUUAAACUUGUAUGCUGGCUGAGUUUAGCCAUUUUCCAUAUGCCACAAAAGACCACUGAAUAGAGACUUGUUUAAGCUGCAUUAACAACACAGAAAUUUAAGAAAUGUAAAUUGCUGUGACCAUGCUUUCAGUCUGAUUCUCUGCACAGUUACUGAACCCACUGCUGUAAAGCGGCCCAUCCACGUACGAGUCUGGCUUGCGAGCCCGGCUUGGCUCAGGUUCCAUUGAGCCAAACUCAUUUGUGGGUGGGGUUUCACGAGCCGAGUCUGCUAUGCAUGUGUGGUGAAAUAUAUCCAAGCCUGGCUCACGAGUCAAGCUCGCCGAGCCAGACUCGCACGCGUGCUUUUGAAGCAGUACUUCUGCUGUGUAUGGGUGAAAAGGUUAUAUAGAGCUAAUUGUUCAGCAUUGAAGGAAUUUUGACAAAUAAUAUACACUAUGCAUCUUUUCAGUAAAAUCAUAUUCUUUUGGUUUGUUUUUUGAAGAAAAAUUAGAUUAGAUGAGAAGGAGUUUGAGUACUUGCUAAAAUACAAUAUUUCCUGACAUAAAGCUAACCUGGGUUGACAAGAGCUUGCAACAGUACCAGUGAAUCUAAAAGAAAGAGUAUACCAGUACUUUUAAUUGGUGGAGUCAAACAACGAGGUACUUAAUUUUAUUUUUAAUCAAACUAAAGCCCUUGAACCAUGAUAUUUUUUUGUUACAAAAGGGAAUGUCUUUCUGAUUCUUAUUUUGUCUUACAAAUUUCUUGUCUCAUUUAGAAGUUGGAAAUUGGUGGUCACUCUUAGACAGUCACAAAACAAUGGAUGUUUCUUUCCUAAAUAUGGCGUAAAGUUAACCUUUAUCAUAUAACCUCACAUGUGGAAAACUGUUAUUCUUCAUGACAAAGUUUGUAAAAAAAAAUAUGAAAACCAAAUGUUAAAAUGUAUGUCUUCUCUGGAUAUUUCCUUUGUUGAAAUAAUAGAGCAUAAUUCUUUGUAUAAUUUUUUUCUUCAUAACACGCCCACUUAUGUGGGUUGUAUAAAUAGAGAAUAGGAGUGAAUCAUAAAUGAAUAUGUUAUGUAAGCCUGAAAUAAUUCUUAUAUGGAAAACCUGGCAGAUUGAAUGCAGUCAAAACUUUUUACAGCGCCCCUCUAUAUAACACCAACUUCACAUUGUGCCCACAAAAAUCUCAGAACAAAACAUAAAUUCCCCCAUGAGCCACCAUCUCCCAGCUUCUAUGAUAAUACAAAUGUACCCUUAAGCAUCAUAAUAAAGUCUGAUAAAGCACCA